AUGGCGCUCACACCGGAACUGGCCAGUAAGAUCGAGAAGCUGCUGGCGGCUGCCACUGGCGGGGCCCUUGUCCGCUCCAUGGAGCAAUGCUACAGCAUGCUGAUGGAAGCGGGGUUGCUGUACCAGCAGAAGGUGCACUCCAACUUUAUCGGGGUGCACCCGAGCAAUCGGGACGGCUGCGGAGUUUCGGCGAAGCACGUGCACGAACUCCUUGCAGACCUCGUUGGUUUAGGAUGGAGCUCUUCGGAGUUUCGUGGCCUGUGCGUGGAAGUCUCAGAGUCAGAACGCUCCCAAGUGUAUCGGUGGAACCAAGAGUUGGCCGAAAGCUCAGAGGGGCGAGUGCCUGGGUUUCCGUCAGAAACCCAUCUGAAAUACGCCACGCUGGCGGGAUCGCACACGAACCAGGUGUUACGUUGUUUCCUCAACAAAGUGCCCAGCGAAGCUACUGCAGGGAAGGUGGUGACGGAGGGAGGGCGACUGAGCCUAGAAAGGCUCCAGGCAUUGGAUCCCGACUUUCACACAGCAUGCACAGAAGGGGCCAUGUGGCGCAUUGUCUCACAAGCAAUCCCACAACGUUUCCCGACCUUUUGUGGACUGGCGCAAUCAGCCGCCAACGCGAGCGGACACGUUGCGAGGGAGGAGUCCGAACUCCAGUUGUGUCACAAGAUCCACGGGGAAGUGGCACGGUGCAUGGCCACAGGCAAAAGCACCGUGAACUACGUAGACGUGAAGGACGCAGUUCUGCGCUCCAAGCCAAGGAGUGCCGGUACUGUUCCGGCACUCUUUGUCUUCACUCUGCGCUUCUCCGGUGGCCAGACGGCCCACUUCCUAGAAGCCAAUGACCCGGGCGCGCAGAUCCGUCACAUGCUCCUGCACUUCGCAUAUGGUGUGGCCGACGGCCGGGCCCUAACUGUGACAGAUGUGAAGAGAGCAUUGUCGGCGGGGAUGGCUGCCAAACGAGAGCCGGCAAUCGCGCUCAAGGCGGUUGGCUAUCUCCAGAUGAACAUGGUGGAGGACAGACUGUUCGUCCGCAUCGACAAGUGGGACCGUCAUUUCAUUCAGUUUGUGACGGGCCAGCCCCUGGAACUCAGGAAAGAGAAGGAUCCACAUCACCUGAGCAUCCCAGCCUUUCAAAACCUCCUGGACCUGCGGAAGAGCGCAUGCGACAAGCUGUACAACAAACACCUCCGCGAUGCUGCAGCAGUCGCUGGAGAUGCUGAACCGCCCCACAGGAGUGCGAGGGAGGAGGACUUGUACCUUGCUGGUCGAGUCGUGGACAUGGCCUGUCCAGAUGUCCAGCUUGAGGAGGAGUUCAUGCCAGGUCAGAUCGUUUCGGCGUUGUGGUCGGUCAGGGACCUCGGUUCUCUGGGUUGA